GCUCAGCCCCGCCCCCUUCCUCUAGAGCAGGAAGGAAGCUGGUCAGGUGACAGGCUUCAGGUCAUGUGACAGACAAAGUCCAGCUGACAACAUGGCUUCAGCAGAGGGACCAUCUUAUUGGCUGGGUAACGAGACUCUGAAGGUCCCGGCCGCCCUCUUCGCCCUGAACAGGAAGCGCGUCUGCGAUAGACUGCGCAACAACCACAAUGUUCCAAAAGAGGCCGUUGUGCUCCUGCAAGGAGGAGAGGAGACCAACCGAUACUGCACCGACACCGGCGUCCUCUUCCGUCAGGAGUCGUUCUUUCACUGGGCGUUUGGAGUGAUCGAAUCAGGCUGUUAUGGCGCCAUUGAUGUUGAAACGGGAAAAUCAAUCCUUUUUGUGCCCAAACUGCCGGAGAGUUACGCCGUGUGGAUGGGGACGAUUCACCCUCCUGAGCACUUCAAGAAGAAGUACGCUGUGGAUGAGGUCCACUACGCCUGUGAUAUUGCAAAAGUCCUAAGUGCAAAGAGCCCGUCGAUACUUCUCACUCUGCGUGGGGUUAAUACGGACAGCGGCAGUGUUUGCAGGGAGGCCUCGUUUGAAGGAAUAAGCAAAUUCAGCGUGAACAACACCUUACUUCACCCAGAAAUUGUGGAAUGCCGUGUUUUCAAGACGGACAUGGAGUUGGAGGUUCUGCGCUACACAAACAGAAUUUCCAGUGAGGCCCAUAAGGAGGUUAUGAAGACAGCCAAAGUGGGAAUGACGGAGUACGAACUGGAAAGCGUGUUUCUGCACUAUUGCUACGCUCGCGGAGGAAUGCGACACACGUCCUACACCUGUAUCUGUGGCAGCGGUGACAACUCCUCCGUGCUUCACUAUGGACACGCUGGGGCCCCCAAUGACAAGAUUCUUGAAGAUGGUGAUAUGUGCCUGUUCGACAUGGGAGGAGAAUAUUACUGCUACAGCUCGGACAUCACCUGCUCCUUCCCCGCCAAUGGGAAAUUCACCGCGGACCAGAGAGCCGUCUAUGAAGCUGUACUCAAGUCAUCCCGGGCCGUCAUGAAUGCGGUGAAACCCGGGGUGAGCUGGCCGGAUAUGCACCGCCUGGCUGACCGCAUUAACCUGGAAGAGCUGACCAAAGCUGGCAUCUUGAAGGGCAACGUGGAGGACAUGAUCAAGGCUCACAUGGGCGCGGUGUUCAUGCCGCAUGGCCUGGGUCACUUCCUGGGCAUCGAUGUCCAUGAUGUUGGAGGAUACCCCGAGGGUACCGAUCGCAUCGACCUGCCCGGCCUGAAAAGCCUGCGGACAGCCCGCACCCUGCAGGAGCGAAUGGUUCUCACCAUCGAGCCCGGAAUCUACUUCAUCGACCACGUCCUGGACCAGGCCCUGGCCAACCCCGCUCAGGCGUGCUUCAUUAACGACGACGUCCUGAGACGCUUCCGAGGGUUCGGCGGUGUGCGUAUCGAAGACGACAUCGCGGUGACCGCCAGCGGCGUGGAGCUUCUCACCUGCGUCCCCCGCACCGUUGAGGAGAUCGAAUCUUUCAUGGCGGAGUCCAAAGACGAGGGAAAGACCCUGAGCAAGGUCAUCCUCAGCCAAGGGCUGUGAGUGGCGUCUCCGGGAGGGGGCCGGACCCCCCCCCCCCCCCCAUAGCCACUGCAUUUCCUGUGCCUUCCAAUAAUUGACUUUUUAUAAUCGCUACAAAUCUUCUUAAAAAAAUAAAAUAAAAUUCUGCAGAUUUAAUCGCCAAACCAAACGCAGCAAAUCCAAUCCUGUUUCUAAUCAUUUGAAGGAAACGGAGCGUCAGUAAAAAAAAAAAGAGAGAGAAAAGCCAAAUACAAGCCUCGCUCUGUUCCGCUAAGUGGAUGCAGUUUGUUUGGCGGAACAGCCGGGGAAUCUUGGCAGCGCAGCUCCGUUAUUGCUUUUCAGAUGUCCUAACAUAUCACUUACCAAAUAAAUGCAUUUCAACAAUA